GUUAUUAAAUGCAAGGCUGCUGUUGCCUGGGAGGCAGGUAAGCCUCUCUCUCUUGAGGAGGUGGAGGUUGCUCCACCAAAAGCUCAUGAAGUUCGUAUCAAGAUAGUUGCCACUGCUGUCUGUCACACUGAUGCCUAUACUCUGAGCGGUGCUGAUCCCGAAGGAUGUUUCCCUGUGAUCUUGGGUCAUGAAGGAGCGGGAAUUGUAGAGAGUGUGGGAGAAGGAGUAACAAAAGUAAAGCCAGGAGACACUGUUAUCCCUCUAUACAUCCCUCAGUGUGGAGAGUGCAAGUUCUGUAAGAAUCCUAAAACAAAUCUGUGCCAGAAGAUAAGAAUUACUCAGGGGAAAGGACUCAUGCCUGAUGGUUCCAGCAGAUUCACCUGCAAAGGAAAGCAGAUUUACCACUUCAUGGGGACUAGCACCUUCUCUGAGUAUACUGUGGUGGCUGAUAUCUCAGUAGCAAAGAUAGAUGCUGCAGCACCUCUCGAUAAAGUGUGCCUGCUGGGUUGUGGCAUCUCUACUGGCUACGGGGCUGCUGUUAACACUGCUAAGGUAAAGGCUGUGGUUGCCUCUGGCUUUUGUCUGUGA